AUGAAACUGGCCAAGCACGAGGAUGACAAUCUUGCAUCUUGGGUUCCUCAAGGUGUUGGUCCUGUUCGCAUCCUCGCCAGCAAAGAGACUGCGAAACCUCGUAUUUUUAUGCGCGCCGAUCCGUCCGGCAAAGUCGUUCUGGAUGUCGGUAUUGCGCUCAAGGCCUCUCUAUAUAAAUUGAACACAUCCAGGAUUGUACAGUUGAUCGUCUUCCCCGAGAAUGCCAAGAGACCAGAGCUCUUCACUCGUGCCUUCAAAGACGAGAUGAAGGCCCAGGAGUUCUUGGAAACACUCCACGGAGCCAUCACCAAAGCUCAAAGCCCAACCAUUGAUCACUCGCCAUUUUUCGCUCACCGAGGUGAAAACACAACAGACAGAACCUCUCGAGAGCCCCGGAGUCAUUCACUGUCCAUUCUGUCGCCUUGGCUUUUAUGCCCUUUCUGA